CACCCCUCCCGACAUUGCAAGGCCAAAGAACUACGUGAAUGAUUAACAACAAGACGGGAGGAAGGGUUCGUUGAACGUUGUAGGACAAGAGAAUGGAAAUGGUGUCAGAUGGUUAUGGAUCUUUCAUAGAUAAAUUCUCACUCCAACCAAUUGUUUCUUCUUCACAGCUUCCCUUACAUGGCCUCACAUUUUCUUUAAAAGAUAUUCGAUGUGGAAGGGUACGUGACGUGAUUUGGUAACCCAGAUUGGGCAAGGACUCAUUCUGCAGCAGCAUCCACUUCACUUGUGGUUUUGGAUCUUCCAAGGGCAGGUGCCACUGCUGUUGGCAAGACUGUCAUGGAUGAAAUGGCAUACAGGAUGGGACCUAAAUCUUCAAUACUUAUGAUUCAAGAGUUUAUUAUGAUCAAAUGAGAGAUAUGAUCCGAAUAUCCGAUCAAGUCUCAGAGGAUUAAAUCCCAAGUGUUGGACUGCUGGUCUAUUAAUUUGAAACUCAUGCAUAUAUUGGCAAUAUAAACGGUGAGAACAUCCACUAUGGGACACCCAGAAAUCCAUAUGCUGCAGAUAGGGUUCCUGGAGGGUCAUCUAGUGUGGAGCUGCUGUUAGUGUUGGUGCGAUGCUGGUGGACUUCUCCUUAGGUACUGACACUGGGGGAAGUGUAAGAGUCCCUGCAUCCUAUUGUGGAAUAUUUGGAAUCCGACCGUCUCAUGGAGUUGUUUCGAUUGCUGGAGUUAUUCCAAUGGCACAAAGUUUUGAUACAGUUGGAUGGUUUGCUAGGGAUUCAUCUAUCUUAAAGAAAGUAGGGGAAGUCUUAUUGUCUUCUCAAAACUUGCAUCCCACUAGACCUGAUCAAGUUAUCAUUGCAGAGGAUUGUUUCAAGCUUCAAGACUUUUGGGGCAUCCAGUCACCAACAGCAUUUGAAAAAUUCAGUAAAGAAGUUAUACGGAUAUAUGAAUUCAAGAAGAACCAUGGUGAGUGGGUUAGCACAGUUAGGCCAAAUUUAGGUCCAGGGAUAACAGAACGGGUUUGGGAAGCACUCAAGACUACAAAUGAAAGGAUAGAUGUCUGUCUCUCUAUAAAGUUUGAACUAAAAGCAGCUCUCAGUACACUCUUGGGGGAUGGUGGCAUACUUGUGAUACCUACCGUUCCUGGAGCUCCACCAAAGCUACAGACAGAUCCCAACAGCUUGGAAGCCUUUCGUGUCAAAGCUUUUAGUCUAUUAUCCGUUGCUGGAAUAUCAGAGUUUUGUCAGGAGCCAAAGACUCGCUAUUUUUUGCAAUGGAGCCAAAGACUCGCUAUUUUUUGGUUUAGUACAUCCGACCACCGACACCUUAUCCCACCUAGGAGCCUUUGCGGCACUGGGUGAUGAUGAUGAUUUCUCUUUUAAUUGUAAACAUACCACUCGGAGCAUAUGGCAACCUUCCUGUUGGAAUAUCAUUGUUGGCAAAGCAUGGCUCUGAUCUUUUCCUUCUCGAUACUGUUGAUGCUAUCCAUGGAAGUCUCAAGGAGCAUAUUGAAAUGUUAAAAGACUGAUUACUUUUCCUCAAUGAGGAGGAUCAUCUUCUGCAAGGAAUCAACAGCUACCGGCAAUCCUUGAAAGUGCCGGCCCUGGCCAAGCACGACAAGGCGAAUUGCCUCGCUGAGGAGAUAGCUGAUGAAAUAGAAGACCAGCCCUGUCCGCGGGCGGGCAGCCGAAGCAGCCCGCCCCAAAUCGGGAACUUACAGAAACACCUGGACAAGUGUAAGAUAGACGCUAACUCGACUAAAGACGGGACAAUACUGCCCGUCUGUGUCCGUAAGCGAGUCCCUACUCUGGUUCUCACCAACUACACACAGUCAUUUCAAAACGCGAAAUUCCUCAACGAUUCCCGGUUCACCGGAGCGGGAAUCGGGACGGACGAUGACUGGACGGUGCUGGUGUUGACCACCAACACUGAAGCAGGGAUGUUCGCAGCAGCGUCGGCUGCUGUGGUCAAUGCAAGUCAACGGUUGAUGUAUUUGUUGCAGGUGGCCGCCGGAAUGUCCCUUUUCAUACUGCUGUAGAUCGAUCUGAAUAGUUUGCUUUGUCUUGUGUCAUUAAUUAAUUGCUUAAAUUUGCGGUAUUAGACUAUGAGUUAGAAUGUAAUAUCUGUAAUAUACUCUGUUUCAGUUCCGGUGAUUUGUGUAAUAACUUGUCAUGUUUUUCUCUUUAAUUUAGAGCUAAUUUGUUCACUAAAUGCAUAUUCUUU